AUGUCGACUUUUUUUAUUGAUGAUAUAGAAGUUUGUUUUCCGUUUCCACAAGCGUAUCCGGAACAAAUUGAGUAUAUGACUCAAUUAAAGCUCUCUCUUGAUGCUGGUGGUCCUUGCGUUUUAGAGAUGCCUUCAGGAACUGGUAAAACCGUUUGUUUGUUAUCUCUUAUUCUUGCUUAUAUGAGUCAAAGAGAAAAUGCAGGCCCUCUUAUAUACUGUACACGUACAAUUCCAGAAAUGAAUCAAGGUAUUGA